AUGCAAAUCAGAAUCCGAUCCUCCGUUAGCACAAUUCACGUCAAAGAUGAACACACGCCUCUUGCGGCUGCUGUGCAGAUUAAUCAACUUGAGGUUGUUAGAUGGCUCGCCAGAAUUGAUCCAGAAGGUAUGAAGACACGAAACAAAGUUAAGAGUAAUGUGCUUCAUCACGCUGCUGUAGACGGCAAUAUUGAAAUUGCUUCUGUUUUCUUGGAAUUGUUGGAACCAUCGGACAAAUCUGCAAUAAUUAUAUCACCAGACAAAGAUGGCGCUAUAUCUCUGCACUACUCGUGUUCGAAGUGUCAUCUUGAGUUCAGCCAAUGGUUGAUUGACCAAUACGAGAAAUGCAAAUCAGAAUCCGAUCCUUCAUUACCCACAAUUCACGACAAAGAUGAACACACGCCUCUUGCAGCUGCUGUGCAGAUUAAUCAACUUGACGUUGUUAGAUGGCUCGCCAGAAUUGAUCCAGAAGGUAUGAAGACACGAAACAAAGUCAAGAGUAAUGUGCUUCAUCACGGUGCUGUAGACGGCAAUAUUGAAAUUGCUUCUGUUUUCUUGGAAUUGUUGGAACUAUCGGACAAAUCUGCAAUAAUUAUAUCACCAGACAAAGAUGGCGCUAUAUCUCUGCACUACUCGUGUUCGAAGUGUCAUCUUGAGUUCAGCCAAUGGUUGAUUGACGAAUACGAGAAAUGCAAAUCAGAAUCCGAUCCUCCAUUGCCCACAAUUCAAGAUAAAGAUGAACACACGCCUCUUGCGACUGCAGUGCAGAAUAAUCAACUUGACGUUGUUAGAUGGCUUGCGAGAAUUGAUCCGGAAGACAAACAUGGCGCUAUAUCUCUGCAAUACUCGUGUUUGAAGGGUCAUCUUGAGUUCAGCCAAUGGUUGAUUGACGAAUACGAGAAAUGCAAAUCAGAAUCCGAUUCUCCAUUACCCACAACUCAAGAUGAAGAUGAACACACGCCUCUUGCGGCUGCUGCGCAAAAUAAUCAAAUUAACGUUGUUAGUUGGCUUGCCAGCAUUGAUCCGCAAGAAUCCGAUCCUCCAUUACCCACAAUUCACGAUGAAGAUGAAGACACGCCUCUUGCGUAUGCUGUGCUGAAUAAUCAAUUUGACGUUGUUAGAUGGCUUGCCAGAAUUGAUCCGGAGGAAUCCGAUCCUCCAUUACCCACAAUUCACGAUGAAGAUGAAGACACGCCUCUUGCGUAUGCUGUGCUGAAUAAUCAAUUUGACGUUGUUAGAUGGCUUGCCAGAAUUGAUCCGGAGGGUAUGAAGACACGAAACAAAGUCAAGAGAAGUGUGCUCCAUCACGCUGCUGUAGACGGCAAUAUUGAAAUUGCUUCUGUUUUCUUGGAAUUGUUGGAACCAUCGGACAAAUGUGCAUUAAUUAUAUCACCAGACAAAGAUGGCGCUAUAUCUCUGAACUACUCGUGUUCGAAGGGUCAUCUUGAGUUCAGCCAAUGGUUGGUUGACGAAUACGAGAAAUGCAAAUCAGAAUCCGAUCCUCCAUUACCCACAAUUCAAAAUAAAGAUGAAUGCACGCCUCUUGCGGCUGCUGUGGUGAAUAAUCAACUUGACGUUGGUCAUCUUGAGUUCAGCCAAUGGUUGAUUGACGAAUACGAGAAAUGCAAAUCAGAAUCCGAUCCUCCCUUACCCACAAUUCAAGAUAAAGAUGAACACACGCCUCUUGCGGCUGCUGUGCAGAAUAAUCAACUUAACGUUGUUAGAUGGCUUGCCAGAAUUGAUCCGGAAGGUAUGAAGACACGAAACAAAGUCAAGAGUAGCGUGCUUUAUCACGCUGCUGUAGACGGCAAUAUUGAAAUUGCUUCUGUUUUAUUGGAAUUGCUGGAACCAUCGGACAAAUGUGCAAUAAUUAUAUCACCAGACAAAGAUGGCGCUAUAUCUCUGCACUACUCGUGUUCAAAGGGUCAUCUUGAGUUCAGUCAAUGGUUGAAUCACGAAUACAAAAAAUGCAGGUCAGCGUCUGAUCCUCCAUUACACCGUAUUGAAAAUAAAGAUGGCAAAGUUGCUGCGAUGAGUGGACAUGGUGACAUUGUUAAUUGGUUAGUCUGCAUUAAUCAAGAUAAAUGA